AUCGCAGUCGACUUCUGAAAAAACAUGGAAAAUUUCGCGACAAAGUACUUACUACAAGAGCAGAGGUGGAAAGCAAUACUAGCUAGCUAACUAACUAAGCUAAAGUAGAAUGUGACAAGUAUACAUACAAACAAAAUCGCAAUGCCAAGCAAAAACAGAUCGAGAGUUGUGGCUCCACGAAAUCCUAAAUUAGUUAAAGGAAAUGUUGAUGAAGAUAAGCAAUGUCCAUCUGCGUUUUUGAUGGAAAUGUCUCUCACAACACAGGAGAGAUUGGACAAGACAUAUGAAAUGCAUGUACCAGAAAUUAUUGAGUUGCUUGACAUGUCAGAAAUGACACAUCAAAAGAGUACAAUAGUUGACCUUGGAUCACCGCUUUUUCAACCUUACCCAUCUGAGAUUAUUUUUCAAAACUUUGAAGCUCAACAAGUGUACAAGAUUCCUCUUCAACUUCGAAACAAUGACCAGGUUGCAAUAUUAGUCAAAGUCGUACAAGCAGAAUCACCAUACUUCAAAAUUAUUAGCCCACCUGAUGUUGGACAUAAAGUUGCUCCUGGAAUGGACAUAAUUUUUGUAAUUCAAUUUACACCAGAUCAGAAAAAGGAUUAUAACCAUGAGGUUAUAUGUAUCACAGAAAGAGAGAAGUUUUUAGUUCCUGUAAAAGCGAUUGGUGCUCGUGGUAUUUUGGAUUUCCCUGAUGAAAUUCACUUUGGUUUAUGCCCUGUAAAGUAUAACUUGUCUAAAACAUUGCUGGUUCGAAACAUUGGAAACACAGAAACAAAAUUUAACUUACUUGUGGAAGAACCAUUUAAAGUGUCACCAGAAAAAGGUGUUUUGGACGUUGGGAAAAGUAUCCAAGUUGAGGUGGGGUUCAAUCCCCAACAAACUGGAGGUUGCCAGUCUCAUCUCAUUAUUCAGUAUGAAACAGGUGAAGAAGUAUUUGUUGGUUUGUAUGGUGAUUCGUCCGAUAUGAACGUACGAUUGGAUAAAAACACAGUUCGUCUUGAUAACACCUACAUUACUAGUGCAUCUAGAAGGACUAUCUCCUUGUCAAAUCGAAGUAAUUUUUUAGUUCAUUUUCAAUGGAAAACGUGUGCAACAGCUAUCGAAGAAGAUCAACAGCGACAACUAUAUUACAGAGAAUUGAGUUUGAAAGGAGUGGAAGAAAAUGAUGCAUUUUUAGAAGAGUGCAUUACAGAUCCUCUUAUGAGAGAUAAAUUCUCACUUGUGACGCAAUCUAUCAAAAAUAAAAUUCAAAUUGCUGCAGAUGAUCAAAUGUUUUAUUCAGAUGAGAACAUUAUUGUUGAACCUAUUGAAGGAGAUAUAUGGCCAAACUCUUCAAUUGACAUCAACAUCAUUUUUAAACCAGAAGAAGCAAAAUGUUAUUCUAGAACAGCGUAUUGUGACAUCACUGGUCGAGAAAAUAGACUACCUCUCAGACUUCGUGGAGAUGGGAUUGGACCCAACAUUCAGUUCUCUUUCGAUACGUUAGAUGUGGAAAAUGUUUUUGUUAGAUCUCAACAUUCCUAUGAGGUUGUCAUUGCUAACAAAGGUGAUAUUGAUGCAGUGUUUUCCUAUGUACCCUCGAAUACCUUGUUUGGUCAACAAUUUUCUUUUUCCCCAAGUCAAGGCAUUGUUCGUGCUGGAGAUCAUCAAGCUGUACAGAUUAUUUUCAAUUCGUCACACCUUGGAGAAUUUGCAGAAUAUUUUUAUUGGGCAGUUGAAGGCUCAUUGCAACAGUUCAAGUUCAAGAUCAGAGGCAAUGUGAUUGGUCCAACAUUUCACUUUGACGUACCUCAGUUAAAAUUUGGUGUUGUAUCUUAUGGAUUCUGCUAUGAAAGGACUUGCACACUCGUCAAUACGUCAAUGGUACCAAUGACGUUCAGUUUACGAGUACCUACAGAUGGACAUGGUGUGAGUGCUGCUGAUGUAUCAACAAGAUUUUUAGAAGGUUUGACAGAUAUAAAGACUGUUUACAAGCAAAUCAGAGAAAAGCCAGUAGAAUUUAAUUUGACACCAUCAGGUGGAGUUCUUCUGCCCUUAUCAGGCGUUGAAAUACAGAUAUGUUUUACACCAUUAACAUCUGGUAAAUAUGAUACAGUCAUCACUGUUGAUAUUGAAGGAAUUGGAAAAGAUAUUCUGACUCUUCCCAUUGCAGCAAAGUGUAUUGUUCCAACUAUUGGGAUUGUGUCACCAAUUCUUGAUUUUGGUCGUUGUUUUAUUCACCACACUUACCAACGCAUGGUUGAGCUGUACAAUGACACAGAAUUACCCGCCAAAUAUGAACUUUAUAAACACGAAGAAGAUGAAAAUGCUUUGUUAACAUAUUCAAGUCCGUUACCAAGGGCUAUAAUAGAAGCCAACAGUACACUUGAAGUACCUCUUCAUAUCACUUUAAAGAGUGUGAAACAAAUCAACACGGCAGUACAUUUUACUAUUUUUGGAUCAAAGCAAAAAUCAUUGCAUGUGAACAUAAAAGCAAUUGGUGAUGGUCCUGUUGUACACUUAAACAAGCAAAAUAUUGUAUUCAAUCAAAUUCCUGUUUUAAGUGAUGUUACAGAGUGUCUCUCAUUAUCAAACGAAUCAUUGAUACCUGCACAGUUCUAUUGUGAAAUGGUUCGUCCCCAUUCAUUGUUUCAAGUGGAACCUACGUCUGGUGUGAUAGCUCCUGAAGGGUGUAUUCAGCUGAAGGUUACAGCAAAUGUUAAUGACAACACUAGAUUUCAAGAUAAACUCUCCAUAAAUAUUGUGAACAGUCAAAUACAGACGGUGUAUUUAUCAGCAGUUGGGACUGGUACAACAAUAAUAACAGAGCCAUCAUUUGGACCAGUGUAUACCAUAGGACCUUACUUCAGCAACCAUACUUUUCAACAAAAAUUUCGAUUUUAUAACAAAGGAAGACGACCACAGCAAAUCUACUGGUUAACUGAAGGCUUUGCUCUCAGUAAAACACGACGAAAACAAGAAUACAAUGCAGAGGAUAUGAAGUACAGGAACAUGCCUCCUCCAGAAGAACCAGCAAAACCAAUUUUCAAAUUAAUUCCAAAUCGUUUGUCUUUAACACCAGGAAGAUAUCAAGAUGUUAUUUUAAAGGGAUAUUCUAAGAAUGCACAGAAGGUUAAGGAAAGAAUGGUGUGUCAAGCAAUAGUUGGCAAUAGUACUGGAAAAGAAACUAUCAUGGUAGUUGAUAUCGUAGCUGACUUUAUACAGCCUCUCUUAGAAUUUUCAGAGAACCAAAUCAAUUUUUCUGUUAUAAAGCAACCACAGACUGUACUGUCAAAAGAAACAAAACAUUUAAUAGCUAGAAACAUCAGCAUGUUACCCAUCGGUGUUGUGUUUACAGUUCAAAAGCCAUUUCAGUUGAUAUAUGCUGACAACACAGAACAUGACCAAGUUGAUAUCACCUUGGAUGUUGAAGAGAAUAUCACCUUGAUUCUUCAGUUUGAUCCAAAUUUUGUUGAUGAUAGUUUUAGUCGAACCGUUGAGUCAAGCAUUGAAGUUGUUUACAAAGACCAUCCUAACAUGGAUAACAUACUGCUAACAGGGGAUGUUUAUUAUCCUAAUUUAGAGUUUGAAACUAUGGAGAUUAAUUUUGAAUCUGUUUUAAAUGACACUGAACACAUUCAAACUGUAAAAGUUACAAACAACAGUCCAUUGGAAGUGUUUUAUUCAUGGAGUUUUGUGAAUCACGAGAUUUCAUUUGAAGGAAAAGAUGUUGAUGAAGGUCUGGGUAAGGAUCUCUCAGACAGUAGUGAUGAAGAAAAAUAUAUUAGCAUGAAUAACAUAUUAAAUACGGGUAUUGAAAACUCUUUUCUACCUCUGCACAUUGGAGAACGACCAAAGACUUCACCUGUUGUUUCCAACACAAGUUUACGUAAACGCCCAUCAACUGCACCGCCAAUAAUAUCUAGUGAUAAAGAAAGCCGAUUUUCAAGAAUUACUUGGAGUCAAAUACAAGCACCACCUGUACAUGUUGGUAUUGAAGAAGUGUUUGAUAUCUUACCAUUAUAUGGUUGUCUAAAGCCAACAGAAAGUCAACAAUUUCAAUUCAGUUUUUAUGGCCAUCCGCACAUUCUUGCUGAAGCAACUGCUGUGUGUAAUGUACAGGAUGGCCCUGAAUAUAAAAUUCAUCUAAAAGGUCAAGCAUCGUUAGUGCAAUAUAAAAUUAGUCAAAGAAAGAUCGAUCUUGACAAACAGUUAUAUGAUCAAGUUAAAUGCAGUGAAGUUGAAUUGUUGAAUACAGGGAAAGUAAAUUUUGAUUUUGUUGUGCUAAAUGUUGACAUUGGUAAAGAAGUACAUCCUGGUGUGGUUAACGUGCAACCAGCACAGGGUUUUAUUCCUGCUGGUGGUACCGCUAAACUAUUAAUCAAGUUUUUUCCUGGUAUACCUGAACCAUUCUCACGCAAUUUUCAUAUACGUGUAGCACAUUUUGAUCCAGAAACAAUAACUGUUGAAGGUAUUGGUGUAUUUCCGCGUAUUACAUUGAGUUUACCGAAAGAGGAAGAUUCACCUAAGUAUGAAAAACUUCUCAAAGAAGCAAAAGAAAAUUUGGAGAAUAAUGGAAAAAAUUCAGAAAUUGAACUGUUUGAUUGGGAUAUACAGGAAGAAAUUGACCGUCUUGAAGUAAAAUACUUUUCCCUUGAUUCUCAUGAAAGUAAAGCUCUAAAAACACAAUCAUCUACAUUGAAUGGACGGAAAGCUAAACCAAAAUUAAAUCUGAUCAAUUAUGUUCUUGAUUUUGGGCAUGUGGUAAUGGGUGAUGUGGCGUCACAAAUAUGUCAACUUAAAAAUGCUGGCCAUUUUCCUGUUUCAUUUAUUGUUGAUCACCGACAGUUAGUAGGAACUGGAUUUUAUGUUGAUCUUGAUCGAGUGAAAGGUUUGCCUGGUUUUCCUGAUAAUGAGCAGUUGGAUUUUGAAGUUGUUUUUAACCCAAGUUCUGCUACUUUAUCUCUUGGUCCAGUGGAAGCCAUGUUACCGAUAAAAGUUACAAAUGGACCCAUUACAAACAUUCUUAUAAAAGCACAUGUUACAAUGCCAGAUAUCUCAUUAUCAACUGAAAUGAUUGAAUUUGAUAAUGUUGUGUGUGGGCAGUGCAAAGUGAUUACAAUACAACUUUGUAACAUAACCAAAGUUCGUUGUGAUUGGGAACAUCAAGUACCACAAGAAAAAAACGAGAUUGAAAAACAUUUACCAAUGCAUUUGCGUAAAAAAAUGAAAAGAAAAGUACCUAAAGCUAAAAUUUUUGAAAUCAUGCCUCCACAUGGUUCAUUACUUUCUGGACAAAAGAUGAAUGUUCAAGUUAAGUUCAUGCCAAUGGAGGAGACUUCAUAUUCUGAGAAGUUGUUUAUCAAGGUAUCUAAAAGUACAGAGAAACAUUUUGUGUUCUGUAAAGGUCAAGGAAAAGAACCUCAUAUUGAGUUUGAUAAGACAGUCUUAAAGUUUGGUCCAAUAUUGCCACAUUCUGGAAAAGAUGAUGUUGUGGUAAAAGUGACAAACCCUUGUUCAAUUCCAAUUGAGUUCUACUCUUUAGAAUUUGACAAACAAUAUCUUAAAGAAGAGGAGAUCUUGCGUACAUUAAAAGGUUAUGAUGAAUACAACACAAUUCUCCUUCCACCACGAGCACCUGGUGAUCCCCUGCCAAAACAACUGUUAGAACAUUAUGAGAAAGUAAACAAAACAACAUCUGAUACCAAUGUACCUGUCACAAUCAAUGAAAUGGAUUCUACUAGAAAAGUUAUGUUGAGUCCAACAAAAACAGAACUGGAGGAAAAAGUUGUCAGUGUUGGUGACCUGGAAAUCACACCUGUGUCGGCUGCAAUUGCUACACACCUUGGAAUUGACUUAAGUGUUGAAGGAAGAGCAGCAAGAAACAGGCGUGGCAUGUGCCUCAUUGUACAUGGACCACCAUUAUGUGGGAAAACUGCCACUGCACGUGAUCUCGCUGAGUUGUAUGGUCAUGCUUACAUAUCCAUUGAUGAGGUUGUUUUGGAUGCUUUGCAGCAUGGAAGUUCUUCAGCAGCUAUACGUGUUGGAGAACUUUGUGCAGCUGCAGCACGUCUAUCUAAAGCAAAUGAAGAACUUCGAUCACAUCUGAACAAUGAUGCAAAAUUAGAUGCAGAUUUGAAUGGACUUUCAACUGGAGGUAUGGCUGGUAUGGUGAAAUAUGCUGGACAAGGAAGAAAAUCUUCUAUGUUACCACCCACCAAAAAUAACAAAUUAAAUUCACACCCUCCAGCAGUAUCACCACAACCUCCACCAGCUGUGGCAUUUUUAUCAAAAAAGUUGGAUGUUUCGGUUACAGUUGAAUCAAGUGAGGAGGAGGAAUAUUACAGUUGUGUGUUACCCGAUGAUUUGUUAGUCGAAUUGCUUGCAGAUAGAAUGCAGGUUUCUGAUUGUCAUCACGGUCUUGUUUUUGAUGGAUUAGAGACAAUGUUUACGACCUCUUUACCAACAGCUUUGACCAUUCUUUUGCGAGCCAUUAAUAACAGAAAGUAUAUAUAUGCCAUUACUCUGAAAUUUGGCUAUGAAACAUUGAAGGAGCAUAAUACUACAAAAUGCAAAGAAGAAGAGCUUCAAAAACAAAUAGCUGAGGAGGCAGAGUUAACACGCUUGGAAGAGAUGAGUGAAGAUGAGUAUGAUGCUCUACCUGAAACUGAACGAAAGUUGAUUGAUGAGAAAAGGUUGUUAACUAAAAGAGAAAAACUUCAGAAGAGAAAAGAAUUAAAAGAGCAACAAGAACAAGAAAGGAGAGAGAAAGAAAUGCAAGAUGGGAAACGACUGGAGGAUGAGAAGGGUACCAAGAAAGGCAGAAAAACAGCACCAGUUGGAGGCAGUAAGAUAAAAGAGAAAAAAAGUAGCGAAAAAUUAAUUGCUCGAGAAAGCACUACAAAUAAGUUGACCACAGAAGCGACUGCUCGACCUGACACAAGUCUUUUAUCGGAGAGAUCAGCUAGUGUUGAAGACACUGACAAAAAACGCAUGAGCAAAACACGUCAAAAAUCAGCUAUGCAUAGAGAAAAACAAAUCACACCAAUCGAAGAACAGCAAGAAUUGUAUGAAACAGAGGAAGAAAGAAUACUCCAUGCAAGAUUUAAACCAUAUGAGCAACAUUUAAAUGAUGUUCUGGCGAUCCUUGAUACAUGGGAUCGUACAACAGGAACUGUUGCAAUUUCUGAAUCGGACAAAGGUGAAAUAGAACUUGAAACACCUGCCAUCCCACCGGUACCUGCUAGUAAAAAAUCAGAACGAAAAAAACAAGAUAGGGAUAGAUUAAAAGAGAUUUCAGAAUCACCAGCACCAUCAGCCUCAAGUGUUGACAAUUCAUCUGUCCCAGAUGACAACGAAAAAGUAGUACGAGAUGGGAUAGGUAUUCCUAACAUUAUCCUAAAUACGAAGCUACCCCAAGCCAGUUUAUUGACUGAAGUUUUGGAGGUUGGCCUCUUGCCUUCAAUUGAACAGGUUAUGGAUGGUGUUGGUGCAGGACCAUCUGGUCCUCCUAUCCCUCCAGAGGCAGUGUUUUCUGUUGUUCCAUUUCCAAUUGUACGUGAUCCACCCGUCAUCAAUGAGAUUGGGCAACAUUUUACAUUCAUACCAGCAAAUGAAAACGAUCCGAAUGCAUUUGAUGAAAACCAAUCAAAAUCUGAUUUAAUAAAAGAGAAGCCUGUUGAAAAAAAAGAUUCUAAGAAACACAAAUCACGAAUUGAAAGAACACCAUCAGCAAUCACAAAAAAAGGUCGACAAAGCUCACUGGCUGCAUCUAAAAUGGAAUCACCACCGGCCAGUCCUGAUAGAAAUUCAAGUGACAAAAUAGAUACAAGCAGAUCCUCAACAGAGCUGAUUAAACAUCGUUGGACUGUGAAUCCCGGUGACAGUGUUGAUCUUCGUGUUGCAUUCGUUUCCAAAGAUCUCGGACAGUUUGACCAAACCUUGAAUUUUGAAAUAGUUGGGACCAAACGAAAAUAUCAAUUAUUUUGUCGUGGAAUAUGCGCCUUUCCGAAUAUUAGUAGGGAACCUCGAAUUGUGUUUCCUCAUCGAAAGAAAUUUCAAAGACCAGAUGAGAUUGUUCAUAAGAAGUAUAUUUUGAGCAGUGAAACCUUUACAUUUGGUCCUCUGCUUGCUGGUAAGAACAGAGAAAGAUACCGUGAGGGCCGUUACCCAGAGAACAUGGAAAGGAUAUGCAUCUCAAAUACCUCACCUAUGGAUGCGGAGAUCACAUUUGCUUAUUUAAAUGAUGCAAACGCCACCACGUUUUUGUUGGAGCCUUCUACAGCAUUUUUAAAACCAGGAGAGAAUCAGGUGCUAACAAUAUGGGCAUAUCCUAAAACACCUGGUCUGUAUGAAGAUACUAUAGUAUGCUGCAUUAAAGAAAAUCCAGAACCUGUAUUGUUUAAAGUUUCCACUCACGGUGUUCGUCCUGAACUAGAGCUGGAUCGUAGAAUCGUUCAAUUUGAUCGAGUGUUAUUACACAGGAAAGAAACUCGCAUUAUUUAUCUUCGCAACAGCACUCUUCUUCCAGUAGCUUGGAAACUAAAUGGCAUGGAAAACCUUGGUGAUGAUUUCUCACUACCAGUAGAUCAUGGUGUAAUUGAACCAAUGAAUGAGUUUGGUUUGCAGAUGCAUUUUCGUGCGAUGAAACCUAACAACGUUAAGAAGGUGGUUCGUCUCGAGGUUUCUGAUGCUGGCAAUGUAAUGGGGUUAACACAUGCAGAAAAUAUUUCUGUUCAAGCAGAAGCUUACGAUGUAGCUUUAGAUAUGAGUUUCCCAAAAGGUGCUGAUGGAGGAUUAGAUUUUGGAACAUUAAGAGUUGGAGAAGAAGCCAAACAAACAUGUACUGUCAAAAAUAAAGGACGCUACGAAAUAGCAUAUUCUUUCAUGUUUGAACCAAUCGAAAGCACUGCUGUUAACCUUCAUGAAUUGUUUUCAAUUGUUCCAAACAAAGGCUCGUUGAUACCAAAUGAUCGGCCAACACAAGUACAAGUGACGUUUAAAUCAAAACAAGAGUUCCAUGUGAAAGAUGUCCCCGUAUUGAAAUGUCAAAUAAUCGAGCCAAACAUGGGUGAGAACGGCGAAAUAAUAGCCAGCAUACCUGUUAAGCUCAGUGCGAAAUCUGUGUACAGCAAAUACUCGAUCUAUCCUAUACAUGACAUUAACUUCGGUGCUGUGCUAGUGAACACGAAGAAGACUCGAACAUUUGUUAUCGAGAACAAAAGUGAUUUCGACUUCAGAUAUUCCAUCUCGAAAGUUAGUCUCGCUCUGCCUCAAGCUGGAAAAGGAAAGCCUAUAUUAAAUCCACUGACGAGGACUCAGUCCAGACAGGGAUCCAUAUAUUCUGGCCGUUCUCAGCAAAUUCAACCGCAACGAUCGAGGAAAGACUCUCUAAAAGGUGGUGACAGUUUAGGUCUUAGCACUGGUACUGGCGCUGGUGCUGUACACAAUAACAUCAGACUGACUCUUGGUAUGUUCACCAUAUUUCCCGCUAAUGGUGUUGUAUUACCUGGCAGUUCUACCACAAUUACAGUUGAUAUGGCUUCAGAAAUUGCAAUGGUGGGCGAAGAGGAAGUUACAAUCGACAUAUCAGAAAGACCACCCGAUGACCAUCCUAACGGAAUUGAAUAUCGCCUGUUUGCUGAGACUUGCUUGCCGAAAAUUAUAGGUCUUCCAGGUGGAUUAUCAACAAUCUUUGAAGAACAUCGCAUCGUGAAAAACUUAAAUGUGUUCCGAUAUCACUCGAAUGAACUUGAGCCUGGCACGGGUGUGUUUGGCGAGGAUGAAAACAAAUUUAUUUUUUACAAUGUUAUUGUUGGUCAUAAAGCAAAAGCACGUUUUAAAAUAACUAAUCCGAAUAAGGUACCAUGCGAUGUUGUGAUAAAUGCCAAACCUAUUUCAAACAAGCUAGUCAAUCGCAUUUCGGAUAUAUUUGACGUUCAACCAUCUCGAGCAUCUGUGCAAGCUCACAGUAGUGUGUUUGCCACGCUGACUUUUCAACCUUCCUCAAUGCAGUCAUAUUCCUGUAUAUUCGAAACUAUAGUUGAAGGUUUAUCAGCUUCUGUUUCAAAAGGUCGAAGUUUAACUUUUGAAGUACAAGGUGAUGGAAACUUACCACGUAUUUCAGUAUUGAAACCGAUCACAACAAACAUGAAAGGUGUUCCUGCCAUCGUCUUCUCAAAGUUGUUGUUAGGUCGUUCACAAGUCAUGUCAGUCGAGCUCAAAAAUGAAGGUACACUUUCUUGCGAUGUUGAAAUCAAGUUAACUGACCCUCAUCAAAGUUUUGUGGUUAUGCAAACAUGUGUGGAGGACGUUCUGAGCGAGGAGGAUGUUGAAGAUAGUCCCAUCUAUCUGCAUGCCACUUCGACCAAACCUGUUUCCACUAUGUUUCAUGCAGAAGUUGGUGAAAUCAUUCAACUCUCUGUACAGUUUUCGCCACACGUGGUCGCGAAAAUGGUAGCAGACAUUCGUUUGUCAGUAGUGAACAACCCCUUUGAAGAUACCACGAUACAACUUUUCGGUGAGGGUUACGAAGAAGAAGUAACUAUUGAUAACAUUCAAGUGCUUGUUGAACAAGAUGAACUUGUCGUAGAUGAGAUAUUUGAUGAAGAAACUAUGAUAGUUCCAAGCGACAAUCAAAUCAAAUUUGGUGACUGCGCAGUGAAUAAGCCAGUACCGCUUCAUUUUACUCUAACAAAUCAUUUAAGUACCGACGUCGUACGUUACAAAUUUUCUGACGUGUCGUGUUUAACAUUUCAACCUUCAUGUGGACACCUGCAAGCAAAUUGUGCCAAAGAUGUAACAGCUACUUUUCUGUCAGCAGAACCAUGUCGGUUAGAGGCUGUUAAUGUUCCAGUUAAGAUCUCGCGAAUUGAACUGACAAAUGAUUUAAAGAAGGAUUGGAACAACACAAAGCGUGUUAUUCGUUGGGUGGACGAUGAGUCAGCUAUCAGCACGUCUCAACAGAGCGAACAGCCUUUUCCAACAACACGUAUUCUACCAAAGAAAAAGAUCAUAGAAGUCGAAGAAGAACCUACACAUAGAGUGAUACCUGACUCAGAUGUCAACCUGGAUUUGAUCUGUUCUGCGAAUUGUAAUUACGCAAAAUAUACGUGUCAAACUGAUCGAAUAUACUUUAAAGAAACGUACAUAUUUCAGACAAGAGUGUAUAGUUUCAAGUUAAAAAACGAAGGUGAAGUAAGUUUGAAGUACGUUUGGGACAUCGAAGCUGGUAAGUACCACCCUCCAUCCCCAGAACAAGAUGAAGUUACUGUACAACAAAGAAAACCCAGUAGGGGGUCAAGAAAAGGAGCGAAGUAUUCCAAUACUCAAUCAAGAAAUAGUGGUGUAAAAACAAAAACACCAGAAACUCCCAAGACACCACGUGUUUUAACAGAAGGCUAUAAGUCACCUGCUGACAAUGAAGCCACCGUGGAGGAGCGCACAACCAGUCGGAUUGGUUACACAGCUGAAGGUCGACCAGCUAGUGUAAUGACGUUGGUUUAUGAAACGGAAGGUGAUGGUCUUGCGCAGGGUACUGACUGUAUGCCAUUUAAUAUCGAGCCUCGAUAUGGUACAGUUGUACCUGGAAAGGAGGUUACUUUCACAGUUAGAUUCUCACCAUUGGAAAUCAUUGAUUUUGAUGCUAUUCUUUCUGCGAGUAUUGCUAACUUGGAAUCAACUCAAGACAAGCCUACAAUUGCGCUGCAUGGUAAGAGCAUUUUACCGUGGUGUCAUUUUGAGUUGAACGAAUCAGACUAUAUCACAGAUCGUCGUAAUCCUGAACUUCGUGGACCAAAUGGUGCAGCAGCUGGUUCAACACUGGAUCCUAAUACUAAGGUGUUAGAGUUCUUAGCAUGUGGAACUAACACAAACGUUCAAAGAACUUUCUCUGUUUUUAAUCCAACGAACACCUCGUACUCAUUCCUCUGGAACCAAGAAAGCUAUGACGGUACAUUGGAUGGAGUGAAUUCUAAUUUUACUUGUCAUACACCAAAAGGUGUAAUCACGCCUGGAAAGAAGUUCGAUAUGAAAUUUGAGUAUAAAUUUGAAAGUCUUGAAUUGACUGAAGCUUUCUGGAGGUUUUCCAUUACAGAACAGAAUAUAUCAAUCCCGUUUUUACUGGUGGCUUUUGGUGAUGAACCUGCUGUGUCUUUUGAUAGAUCUCAUAUCAAUUUUAAACAACUGCUUGUAGGUCAUACAGCACAACAGAUAGUUUACUUGAUGAACGAUGAAGAAAAACCAUUUUCAUUUAAUAUUGCUGAGUCAUCGCGUCAUGCUGCUGGUCACGUGGCAAGUUUGCAAGUGGAUCCAAUGAAAGGCGUUGUUGCACCGAGAAGCAAGAUUCCAAUCUAUAUUGUAUACCAACCAACCACAGAAGCCGAAGUGAAUUUCAAUCUUCUCUGUCGUGUUAAGAAGAAGACUACACCCUUAACACUAAACGUGAAAGCGGAAGGUUUUUGUGUAAAUGUAAAGUUAUCUUGCGAGGAUUCUACUGGAAAUGAAGUGAACCUUCUACAGAAAGGAACUAAUCUUAUAAACUUUGGAGAAGUUGAAUUAAACGAGAAAGCUGUGCGUCAGCUAUACAUUGAAAACGAUGGCCAAUUCAAUCUUGAUUUUAAUUGGAUAAUAACAAAUCCAUCAAAACCGCGUCACAACAAGGAGGCGUGGUCAAUUGAUAACCUUCCGGUGACUAUCAUACCUGAAAGCGGAACAGUAGCGACAUGCAGCAAGCGUAGAUGUCAGUUAGCCUUCUGCCCACCAUGUAAAUUUACUUUGAAGAACUGUCAGCUGGCGUUAAAGAUUGGAAAUGGCCCUACGUUCGAUAUAUCAGUCACAGGUAGUGGGCGCUCACCAACACUUCAAUUUUCUUUCUUCUCGCAUGAUUUUGGAGCAUGUUUUAUAUACAGGCCAGGUUUAGCUGUUCAGAAUAAAAACUUAGUCAUUACGAACACUGGUGCUAAAGAAAUUAGUCUGGAAUGUCAUUUCGUCAACACAUCACACCUGGAAGUUCACGCCACGCCCAGCAUUAUUUUACCUGGUGAAUCGAAAGAAAUCGAGAUUCGGUUUUAUCCGCGCGAAUCAAAGGUGUACACUGAAAGAAUCGGAUUCGAAGUAAACGGCUUAUCAAUGAUGUAUGUUGACAUCAGAGGAGAAGGAGCAGAUAUGAAGGUCGAUGUGGUUGACCCGGCAGAUCGAAAGGUUAACCUUGGUAUAGUACAAGUCAAUGAGAAAGUUCAAAAGACUGUACGUAUUGUAAACAACAGUCUUGCAGCGAUCAGUUUUACUGCUACAGUUACACCGUUUGUCACCGCGUUGCAGAAUCCAAACGUGCUAGCAAUCACACCGAUUUCGUUGAUUAGUCUAAAUCCAAAAGCUAAAUGUGACGUGGUCGUUCAUUUUCAUCCGAAGUCACGUGUCGCGAAGUUUUCAGAAGAGGUUAUACUUGAGUGUGCAGGCGUAUCGCAACCUCUCUUCACAAUCGUUGGUGCGUGCCAAGCUCAGGAGAUUAAACUUGACAGCGAAGCAAUCCCUUUCGGUUCCGUCACAUUGGGAAGUUCUAGCUCUCGAAAGCUAAUGAUGAUGAACACGGGAGAUAUAGGAAGUUCUUUUUCAUGGAAUGUUGAGCAAAUUGAAGCGUCUUUUAAAAUCUCACCUGAAAAGGGUUACAUCUCACCUGGGAUGGAAGUUCCAUUUGAAAUUGUUUUCACACCACGAGAUGUAUGUCAAGACAUUAGAUGUGAUAAUGUUCGAUGCUUACUAGAGAGAGGAAAUUCACUGAAUUUGGUGGUCACAGGAUGUUGUGUACCCCAGAUGCCCAUGAAAGAGGUCGUCCAUUUUAAUACGCAUGUGCGAAAUCGUGACACAAAGGUCAUAGUGCUUCAUAACAAAACUAAUCAAAUGUGGACUUUGAAGCCUAUCAUUGAUGGUGAAUAUUGGUCAGCAGUUGAAACGUUUAUAGUCGACCCACAACAAAGCAAAAAUUACGAAAUUGUAUAUCGCCCACUAGCGAUGACGCAAGAUCAAAAGAAACACAAUGGUUCUGUCUUCUUUGCUCUUCCUGAUGGCUCAGGUUUGUUGUAUAAUCUUAUUGGAAAUUCAGAUCCUCCUAAACCUGUUGGAAAUAUUCAACGAGAUGUUCCAUGUAAAAUGGCGUACACAGAAAUGUUGAAUGUUUCGAACUGGUUACGCAAGCCUCAAAGAUUUCGUGUGAUGAUGGAGUUAGUCAAACCUGACAAACCCGACCCUGCGACCACGUUUAAAGGGUUUGAUUAUAUUGAUGUACCUGGCUUGUCGAAGAAAGAGUACAAACUGAACUUUUAUGCUCACCGAGAGGGAACAUUUAGUAGUAAGGUGACUUUUAAGAACGAACAAAGCGGCGAGUAUCAAUUCUAUUACGUCACCUUCAAAGUCGGUAGUGCUACAACUAUAGGCAGCAUAGAAAUGACGACGCCGGCACGUCAAAGUGUGUCGCAUGUUGUGACAGUUCAUAAUCCUCUGGUGAAUAUGGUGAAUUUCCAGACUAACUGCAACUUGCAAGAUGUUAAUCUUCCACCCCAAUUCAUUGUGCCUCCGCAGUCUGAUGGAUCAUGUACGUUUGAAUAUCUUCCACUUAAAGCUGGAGCAGUAAGCGGUCGGUUAGUUUUGCAAAGCCUUGAACUUGGUGCUUAUAUCUACGAUUUGAACUUAACCGCCACUCCGGCGGCGUCAGAAAGACCGGUGCAUUUUGUAACCACACUUGGAACAAGUCAAGUUCAAUCGUGCAGAUUUACGAGUUAUGCGCGCACGCGUGUAGAAUACACGUGCAAGAUCGAUUCAAUAGAGUUUACAGUGGAGAAAUCUGUAAACGCUGCGUCUGCUGCCAGUGGUGGUAGUGAAGUGAAUGUAGAUGUCACGUUUGAACCCUCAGUUCUAGGAGAUUGUCAUGGAACUCUCACUGUGACGUCACAUAUUGGAGGAGAGUACGUCUUUCCCUUGCAUGGCCACUGUCUCCCACCCAAACCACAAGGACCUUACACAAUCAAAGCGGGUGGGAGCAGUCAGAUACCGUUCAAAAAUAUUUUUAGUCAGAACACCACAUUCUCUUUUCUUGUGGAUAACCCAUCGUUCACCGUAAAAUCAGCCGAAACGAUUCGCGCCAAGAAGACGCACAAUAUCGUCGUGUCGUUUGAUGGUAACCAAGGAGAUUCGAAAGCGGUGCGUACGGGCCGUUUAGUUGUGAAAUGUGCGCGCAGCGCUGGAGUUAGUGGUAAUUUAACGUGGACUUUUUAUUUGAAAGGUGUCACAGUUUGAUUUUUAAAUUUUGUUUCAACUAGAUGUUCAUAUUAAAAAUGUAAUAAAUAUUUGUCGUUUAUUUUACUGGAUAUAACUAUUUUUGUUA